AUGUUAACUGCACCAGUCUUAGGCAGCUGGGGUGUAGAGGGUGGUCACCGCGGGCACAGUGGGCAGUGGCUGGGCAGAAUAUUGGCUACCAGAGUAUUUAGCCUAAUUGGCGGGCAAUCAGUUUCCACCUCGGUGUGUGUAGGAGCACACGGAGUUGUUGUGAAGAGUGAAGACUACGCUCUCCCGAAUGACGUCGACUUGGGUGACUACCCCUUGCCCCAUGUGGCCCACGUCAAGACCCUCUCUGCCAGCCAGAAGGCCUUGAAGGAGAAGGAGAAGGCCUCCUGGAUCAGCCUCUCUACUGAUGAAAAAGUUGAACCAUACCGCCUUAAGUUCAAGGAGAGCUUGGCAGAAAUGAACAGGAGCAUCAACGCGUGGAAGAGGGUUGUGGGCGUGGCCAAGUUCUUUAUGAGCUUCACAGCUCUCAUUCUCAUCUGAGAGAAGCCCUGCAUGUACCGCCCCAUCCUGCACAGCUUUGAGGAGGAGUAGGUGGUCAGGUCAACCAAAAGGAUGCUGGACAUGAAGGUCAGCCCGGUCUAGCGCUUCUCGGCCAAGUGGGACUACGGCAACAGUGAGUAGAAAAAGAUCCUGCUGUUCAUGCACCUGAACGUCACCUCAUUCUGUCACCUCCAUGCAGCUCAGCAUAGUUACUGGAAACCUUUGUGUCAGUACCAGUGCUAA